UUUUCGGCAGCAGUGUUUUUUAUUCGACACAUGUCACCAACAAAGUAGCCAAUGAAACAGAAAUUCGAAACGAGACGUCAUUUCGUUCAGAACAUUCCAGUUUUUCACACCGUCUAGUGCUCUGUUCAGCUGCAAGCAUGCCGGAACCAGUGGAACGUCCAGUGAAAUUUCCUUACACGUUCACCGCGAAGAUGGUGCAAUUCCCGUACCAGCACUAUGUAAAAAAUCAGUGGAUUUGGCGAUUCUACUUUGUUGCGUUCGGAUUGUCGCUGCCACUGUUUUACAAGCUCCACUCGCUGGCCAAUAUGCCCGCCAACAAGGAAAAAUGGGCCGAAUCGAAACGGAAGCAAAUGGAGCACCAUUAGGCGACAAUGGAAAACAUGUAUUCGCGUUCAAGUGUGGUAUAGAGCGCGCGGGCUCGAAGAAUUUUAACGAAAACAAAAUCCAAAAUGCAUACACUGCAUAAAGCUAGCGAAGGAAACGACACUGCAGGAAAGAAAAACACGCACUCUCCAACACUAAUACACACGCGCGCGCGCGUUAAACAAUAUGCUGCUUUCAACACAUGGCGCUUAUGUUGCCACCUACGAUCGAGUGAAGAAUGCAAGGGCUGAAACGAGGAGCAUUAAAAAAAAUCACAGAACAACGCGCAACAAACAGCACCGGAUAAAACACACAACCUA